GGGCUUGCUUCACCUCAGUCAAGCUCCAGUGCUUCCAGCCGGCAGCAGCACCAAGCUAACAAGUAUUUGUGAGGAGAGAGAAAGAAAGAGAGAGAGGGUGAAAGGGAGGGAGAGAGAGGAAAGGGGUGAGCAGAAGCAGAAGAGAAUCAGGCAGUGAGGGACCUCAGAGUAUGAGCAUAUAGAAUGAAUGCGGAAAGAAAGAAGGCAUAAGAUAGCGAUAGAAACAGAGGUGCUCAGUGCUGCACAAUAGUGCCAGAAGCUGCUUUAAAAAAAGAAAGAGAGAGAGCUGGCAUCAUGGCAACGCUCACUGCAUCAUCACGACACAUGGGGAUGUUUGGCUGCUGCUGGUGAAUACUGUGUGAUGCAGAGGAGAGAGUCAAAUAGGACUUCCUGGAAACCAAAGGCAAGCUAAGGAAACAGGUCUAACCAGUUGGAGGAACCACAGGAUGAGUGGGAUCCUGAAGAGGAAGCUUGAUGAUGACCCCGCCCCUUAUUUGUCAGUGCAAGGGUCCGAUGAUGAUGAGGUAUCCUGCAGUGACAGUGGUAACAGCAGUGACAGCCUCAACCAUUCUGUCCCCUCCAGCUUGCUGGAUGCCUCCAUCCAGCAGCAGUCAAAGCGACUACGAGGUCAUAAUGUGCACUUUGAAAGCGUCACAGUCUACUAUUUCAACCGGCGGCAGGGUUUUACCAGUGUACCCACACAGGGAGGCAGCACCCUGGGGAUGUCACCACAUCACAGUGGGGUGAGGCAAUUCACUCUCAGGGAGUUUGCCAUGGAACAGAAACGGAGCCACCGGAAGAUGUUGAGGGACCAUCUGAAAGAGGAGAAACUUAAUGCCAUCAAACUCAAACUGACCAAGAAUGGUACUGUGUCAUCUUUGGAAGCAGAUACACUCACAAUCGAUGACAUUUCUGAAGAUGACCUGGAUGUGGACAACACAGAGGUGGACGAUUACUUUUUCCUCCAGCCUCUGACUACUAGAAGGCGCCGUACUCUUCUCCGUGCCUCUGGUGUCCGUCGCAUUGAUGUGGAAGAGAAGCAUGAAUUGCGUGCCCUGCGCAUGUCCCGGGAGGAGUGUGGGUGUCGCUGCCAGGGAAUAUGUGAUCCUGAGACCUGUGCUUGCAGCCUGGCCGGCAUUAAGUGCCAGGUAAAUGGAACUGUGGUGGAUCGCAUGUCCUUCCCUUGUGGCUGCACCAAGGAAGGCUGCAGCAACACCACGGGACGCCUGGAGUUCAACCCGGUCCGGGUGCGCACCCACUUCCUGCACACUAUCAUGAAGCUGGAGCUGGAGAAGAGCCGCGAGGAGCACUAUCAGCAGCCAGAGCAGCUUGUAACCAAUGGCAACAGUUACCACGGAGACUCCACCUUGGUCCAGCAGCAGCAGCAGCAGCCAAACCUGCAGUUUCCACUGAUGAGCAGCACGCAGCACAUUCACAUCAUGCAGCUUCAGAACACAGGUGACACUGAGUCACAUCUGGAUGAGGAAGAAGAGGAAGAAGAGGAAGAAGAGGCGGAGGAGGGAGAAGAGGAAGAAGAUGACGACGAGGAAGAAGAAGAUGAAGCUUAUGAUGAAGAUGGCAGCAGUGUUUGCAGUGGGCUGUCGGACUGCAGCACACACAGCUUGGAAACAAUUGACCCUGAGGAGGGAGAAGAAGAUGAGGAGGAUGAGGAAGAUGAUGAGGAAGAAGAGGAGGAGGAGGAAGAAGAAGAAGGAGAAGAAGACGAUGAGGAGGAAGAGUGGGAUUGUUCACUACAUGGAACAAAUCCUGCACCCUACUCUGUUCCACUUCCUUCUGUGAUGAGUUACUCUAACAGCACACUCAUGAACCUCAGUAACCUCUUCCACACCACUCCACCCAUGCAGCACUAUCAAAGAAACAGCUCUGUGAGCGACACGCCUGCUUUCCACAGUGAAAAUGUCAGCAGCACACCCACGCUCCCCACAGUAGAGUCUGCAUUAGAACUAAACACAGAACUCCACUGCCAAACAGAGCAGCACAGCACUCCUCGCCAUUUCUCGGAGUCCCUGCCACUCCAAACUUGCUCACAUGUAGAGACGCGUGAUGCUAACACUGCCCCUGCUGGUGUACUUGAUGAACAACCUCAUUCAACAGACCUCCGGAACAAUCCAGACUGUCGUGACACUCAGGCUGAGCAUCCUGCUGAGUCUGAGGAGCAGACAGGGGAGGAGAGAGCAGAGCCUGCACAGGAGGAAACAGGACCGCAGACACAUGGUCAAAUGACAUCAUCAAAGAGUGUCUGAAAAGAGACAUCAGUUAACAUGUGGAAAUAUGCGGUCAAGAAUUGAAGUUUGCUUUAUUCAUGAUAAACGCACUUUCAAAGACAGAAUGAGUCACGUAUUUGACACAGAAAAAGACAGAUAGAUGGUACAGUGCUGUGAACAUUUGUCUUCUUUACAUUUUUCAGACAUCAGUAAAUAAACAAUAAAGUUUAGAAAUUAUGAUUUCAGUUAUUAAGGGAAAAAAGGUAUCCAGGUCUCUAUUGUCAACAAUAAGAAAGACAGUAAUGCAAAGAUGGCAUCUGUGAGAUAGUUCCAAAGAGAAAAUCAUCACUAACCAAAAAGACCUUGGAAUUUGCCAAUAAACAUCUUGGUGAACCACAUGAUUGGUGAUUUUUGGUGAAAUACUCUGUGGGCUGACAAGACCAAAGUUGAAAUUGUUGGAGGUUUGAGUCCUAUUACAUAAAAAUAACACAGCAUGUUAUAGAAAGAACAUCAUACUAACUGACAAACAUGGUACUGGUAGAGUGAUGGUUUGGGCCUUUUUGCUGCUUCAGGACCUUGACGACUUCUCCAAAAAUCCUAAAUAUCUGGCCAUCCGUUUGUGGCCUGAGGCUCACUCGGGUUAUACUGCAGGACAAAGAUCCAAAACACAUCAGUAAAAACUCUGAAUGGCUAAAUAAAAAUCCCCAAAUGAUGUUUUUGGAGUCGCCGAGGUGCUGAGGAGUGAUUGCGGUGCUUUGGUAUGAGCUUAAAUGCUCAAAAAACCAUUCACUUUUGCUGAAUUCAAACAAUUCUGCAAAGAAAAGCAAGUUUGAAUUCCUCCACAGCAAUGUGAAAGACUCAUUGCCAGUUAGUGCAAAUGUGUGAGUGCAGUUCUUGCUGCAGAGGGCAGCACAACCAGUUUUUAGGUUUAGGACGCAAUUAUUUUUUCACAUGGUACCAAGUAAGCUUGAAUAGCUUUUUUUAAUCCUAAUAAAUGAAAUCAUCAUUUAAAUAAUUGAAAUUUAAUUUACUCAGCUUUUCUCUGUCUAAUAUUAAAAUU